GUACCUUCUUCCGCGUAUAGCUUGUCUUCCUCCUCCCAAUAGAUUACUAUGUAGACCUCCCAAAUACUGUGUAGCAGAUCCUUGCCCAUAACCUGGCACUUAGCUUUGCCACUUCCCUCGAAUCUCGAUCGUUGCCGUUUUCUAUCUUCAUGUUGUUGUCUUGUUUUCUCCUAUUACUGUGACUGUCCAGCGCUUUCCCUCUCUGAUCGAGGAGUCCCUAUUUCCUCGCCCCCUCACUACUUCAACGACAAUCGGUGUUGGAAGUAUAAUCACUCGUCAUACAAUUGGUUCAGAAUGCGUGCAUGAGUUGUCCGAAGUAUAUACCAAACAUACGUCAAUCUCACCACCCGAUUGAUCGUCGCGGCCAACGAUUGGACAUAUAAGCCGUCCCUGUUGUGUCCAAAUCUUGACGAACAUUUUGCCUCCCAGCAUCCUCUUGUUUCGAAGACGGCCUGAAUCGGUCGACUAGAGAUCUUACCAUCAACUGUUUCGAUCAACUUCACGCUCUAGAGAUAAGAGACAUGACCGAACAACCAACACCCACCGCGGCCAAUGGCCUACCUACUCCUCCCAGCGACACUGUCGCUUUCCCUACAAUCACCCCCCUCACGACGACACGCCCUGACAGCGGACCAGAGAGCGCCUCAGGCUCCCGACAGAGCACGGCUAACAGCAAUGCCGACGGAGUGAGUCCAGGAGGGCACACGACGAUUGCGAACAGGCUACGAAGCGCAUCUCGAACAUUUGAGCAAUCGAGCAUACCAGUUGGCAUGUGGUCGGCGACGGCUUCUAUUGCUUCGUCCGCUCCCUCGAUAGCUGAUAUUAGGAGAGGUAGUUUUGGGAGUGAUGGUUGGUCUGGCGAUGGCCAGUUGAAGGAAAAAAGCAGGCGUGCUAGUCUUGGGCGCCGUACUACCUCCAACUCGGCCGCUACUAAGAAUGGUACUGGCAGCGGACUUACUGAAGUCGCGGAGAAUAAGAAACUCGAGAGCCCGAUCGAGGACGUUUCCACGAGCAGGCAGCUGGAUACAAUCAGUGCCGAAGGGUCCGCGGAUUCCCAGAAACCAGUCGCUCAACAGAACUCAGCAUCUGUGCCACUGGUUGGCGGUUCAACUACUGAACCAAAUGAGGAAUACAGAACUGAGCCAUUCGACAACGGUUAUGAGUUCCCGCCAAAGCACAGCUGGCAGACAUCUACAGCCAUCGGCGCCAAGGCAUUGUGGAAGUUCUUCAUUACGCCCCUCGGGUUCUUGGUUGUCAUUUACGGCUUGAACGUUGUUGCCUGGGGAGGCAUGCUAUUCCUACUGCUGUGCAAUGCAUCGCCAGCGAUGUGCUCUCCUACCUGCGACGAUAUCAACUCCCCGCGAAGAAUCUGGAUCGAGAUCGACUCCCAAAUCCUCAACGCGCUGUUCUGCGUAACUGGUUUCGGCUUAGUUCCAUGGAGAUUCCGGGAUUUAUACUAUCUGAUGAAAUAUCACAUCCGAGGCGAUCAGCUUGCUCUUCGCCGCCUAGCUGGCAUCCACCGAGAUUGGUUCAGACUGGAAGGCUCUUCGGACCUACCUAUCUCGGUCGGGCCAGAUAACAUCGAAGCUGAGAUAUCGAAUCUGCCCGAGAAUGCUGUGCCAUAUCCGCUGAAGACUAUCCCUAGCGCUCCGCUGACAGGAAAUCGUGCACCAGCUACAGCAAGGUGGAAGAUGGACUUUUUCAUCUGGAUGUUCGUGUGGAAUACGUUUCUACAGAUUGUCCUCUCCGUGUUUAUGUGGAAGUUUAACAGAUAUGAGCGCCCUUCGUGGAGUACUGGUCUCUUCGUGGCAAUGGCCUGUAUUGUGGCUGGUAUUGGAGGUAUCAUGGGGUUUCUCGAGGGCAAGAAAGUCAAGUCGAUUGAGGGUGUAGAGGUCAGCCCCGAGGAUCAGGCGCGGCUGAGGAGGGAUCGUGAGAUGGGGAUUGUUCAUUACAACAACUUGAAGGGCGAGAAACCCAAGCCGAAGAAGGAGCAUCAUAACCCGUUGACGCACAGGUCGUUGAAGGGGGAAAAGGGAGAGAAGGUGGAUGACUUGGCGAAGGGUAUAACCACUGAGACCAGCACGGCGAGUGAUAAACCCUCGGCGUAGUUGGGUUUGGGCUGAGGGACCAGAGCGUUGGCACUAUUAUCACAGUAUUGUUGUAUUUAGGCGCGUAAUUUGUUCGGCGGGAUGAGCGGUGAUGCUUCUGUUCAGGAUAUGAUACCACGCGCACAUUAUUAUGUGCGUAGCUAUACAAAUAAAUCAUUUAAUUGGAAACCUCUGGGCCACUACAUAUGUACGAGAUUAAGCCAUUGAGCCAGACAGG